AUGACAUCCUCAAACUCAAGUCAUGCGUUGCAGUUCAUCGGGCGAAGUUUAAUGCCUCUUCUAACGUUAGAUACCCACACGAACAAAGUGCCCGGCCCCAAGUCGCAGCAGCAGCUCGAGCGCCUCGCCGCGCUGCAGAACACGGGCGCCAUCAACUUCUUCGCCGACUACGCGGCCAGCAGAGGCAACUACCUCGUGGACGUGGACGGCAACCGCUUCCUGGACGUCUACGGCCAGAUCGCGUCGCUGCCCAUCGGCUACAACCACCCCAAGAUCCUCGAGGCCAUGAGCGACAAGGACAACCUGGCCUUGCUGGCGCAGCGCCCGUGUCUGGGCGUGUUCCCGCCUGCCGACUGGGUCGACCGCAUCGACGACACGCUGCUCAAGGUGGCCCCCGAGGGGAUGGAGGACGUCAACACCCUCAUGUGCGGCUCGUGCUCCAACGAAAACGCCUACAAGGCCGUCUUCAUGUGGUUCCAGACCAAGCUGCGAGGCGGCCGACCCCCGUCCGAGCACGAUCUGGAGACGAGCAUGGCGCACCAGCUGCCGGGCACUCCCAACUUGAGCAUUCUGUCUUUCCAGGGAGGCUUCCACGGCCGCCUUUUGGGCUGUCUGUCGACGACCCACUCGAAAGCCAUCCACAAGGUGGACGUGCCGGCCUUUGACUGGCCCGUGGCGCCGUUCCCCAAGCUCAGAUACCCGCUAGAUGUCCACCAAGCUGCCAAUGAAGCGGAAGAAGCGCGGUGCUUGGAUGAGGUCGAGAGGCUGCUGAAGCACAGCGCGGAGGUGACCAAGGCGGAAGACUCGCGCAUUGCCGGCAUGAUUAUUGAGCCGAUCCAAGCCGAGGGAGGAGACAACCACGCGAGCCCGGCGUUCUUCCGUUCACUGCGUGACCUGGCUGCGAAGUACGGCGUGGCGUUCAUCGUGGACGAGGUGCAGACCGGAGGCGGCAGCACCGGCAAAUUCUGGGCGCACGAGCACUGGGAGCUGGAGAACCCGCCCGACCUCGUCACGUUUAGCAAGAAGAUGCAGACGGGUGGCUACUUCGCCAAGAAAGAGUUCCGUCUCAAGGAGGGAUACCGCAUCUUCAACACGUGGAUGGGAGACCCCACCAAGAUGAUCACGUUGAAGGCGGUGCUGGACGUGGUCGAGAGCGACAGCCUGCUCGAGAACGUCCAGAUCACUGGUGACUACCUGAAGGCCGGGCUGCACGAACUUGCUGCUGAGUUCCCGACGCUCGUUUCCAACGUGCGCGGCCAGGGUACCUACCUGGCCAUGGACUUCCCGACGGAAGCUGUGCGCAACGACUUUGUGGGUCUGAUGAAGUCGAAGGGUGUGGCCUCCGGAGGCUGCGGCGUGAACUCGGUUCGCUUCCGCCCGGCGCUCGUCUUCCAGCCGAAGCACGCGGCGGAAUACUUGGAGAAGAUGCGUGAGGCUUGUGAAAGCCUCAGCAACGCAUGA